GAAUGCAGAAUGCACAAAUGUCACAAAAACCAGGCAGUUUAAUCACCAAAAACCCUUGCUAAAAAUAGCAAAAAAGCAAAAAAAAAAAAAAAAAAGCAAAAGCCCACCCAUUCUCUCUUUACCACUCCCCACCCAUUUCGUGAUUGCCGAGCGUCCAUCAGUCGAUCUGCACAGAUAGCCACAGUACACUCUCACAGAAACCCAAACCCUAGAGAGCUAAUGAUGAUGGACCAACAAACGUCGGUUCAUGAGAAACCCGAGGCCGCCUGUGGUUUGCUGGCAGGUGUAGAGGCUGAGCUUCGGCUUGUCACCGUGGAGGGGGACAACUCCACCCAUCACGGGUCGGGUCGGAUCGGAGAUCAGACCCGUGACCUUGUAGCUGCUGUUACAGGUUUCAGUGUACUCCACAGGAAGAAAAGGAUGCCAAGACAGAGGAGAUCAUCCACCAUUCAACUUCUGUCUUGUGCUCCCUCCAGCUCGCACGUGCCACCAUUCCCACUCCAAUCCCUUCCUUCUCUCCCUGCUCGUGAAAUUGAUCCGAGGAGGUUGAGAUUCCUAUUCCAAAAGGAGCUUAAGAACAGUGAUGUAGGCUCCCUCAGGAGAAUGGUACUACCAAAGAAAGCAGCAGAGGCUCAUCUCCCUGUCCUCGACUCCAAGGAAGGAAUUCUGAUUAACAUGGACGACUUGGAUGGCCUGCGUGUAUGGAGUUUCAAGUACAGGUAUUGGCCCAAUAACAACAGCCGAAUGUAUGUACUAGAGAAUACUGGGGAUUUUGUGACUACGCAUGGAUUGCAGCUCGGAGACUUCAUCAUGAUUUACCAAGACAACCAAAAUCAGAACUACGUGAUUCAGGCUAAAAAGGCUUCUGAUCAAGAUGUAUUUACAGACAUAACUAGGAAUGCAGUAAAUGACCUGUUUCUUCAUGAUUAUGAGCCUACUAAACAAGGUUCCUUUUAUGCGAAUUAUCCCACGGUGGAUGAUACGAGUAUGUCGUUUAUCUACGACAGUACCACAACCUUCUCAAACGACUCGCCGCUUGAUUUUUUGGGGGGAUCCUUGACAAACUACUCAAGAAUCGGAUCUUUGGAAGGCUUCGGAUCUGGUGAUCAAGAAUUCUCUCUUGAUGACUUCCCCUUCUAUUGAUAUGAGUACUUCAUACUGGUGGUGUCGUAUUAACAUUAAACAAUGGGGAAGUAUCUGCUGGAACCACCUGUAACAAUGGGUUCAACCCCAUUUUCCUAUUUGAGGAAGCGGUGUACUUUUGGCAUACUUGCAUAUAUUUGUAAUAAAUAGUAGCAACUAGCAAGUGUAAAACUUUGACGUCUCCUAAGCUUCUUUAAUUUUAC